GCAGCAGCAGCAGCAAUGGAAGAGACAAUACUCCUCAAUAUGGAAGGUGUCAAAAAGAAAAUAUAUCAUGGGGGAAACGGUGAUAUGCCGAAAUUCAUCACUGGAGCAAAGGUCACUUUCCAUUUUCGCACGUUAAAGUGUGACGACGAGAGGACUGUGAUUGAUGACAGCAAGAAAGUUGGUGUACCUAUGGAAAUCAUUAUUGGAAACAUGUUUAAACUGGAAGUCUGGGAGAUGUUGCUCUUAUCCAUGCGGAUUGGAGAGGUGGCUGAAUUCUGGUGUGAUGUCACACACACUGGGUUAUACCCAAUAGUUUCCAAGAGCCUGCGACGCAUUGCUGAAGGGAAAGAUCCAACAGACUGGCACAUGCACACUUGUGGAUUGGCCAAUAUGUUUGCUUACCACACGCUGGGCUAUGAAGACCUAGAUGAGCUGCAGAAGGAACCCCAGCCUCUUAUAUUUGUGCUUGAGCUAUUGAAGGUAGAAUCUCCUAGUGCAUACAAACGAGAAACCUGGGCUCUGAAUAAUGAUGAAAAACUGAAAGCAGUGCCUAUUCUGCAUGGAGAAGGCAACAGACUGUUUAAGCUUGGACGCUAUGAAGAUGCAAUCAACAAAUAUAAAGAAGGGGUUAUUUGCUUAAAGAAUCUCCAGACAAAGGAGAAGCCAUGGGAGGUGCCUUGGAUGAAAUUGGAAAAGAUAAUUAACACUUUGGUUUUGAACUACUGUCAAUGCCUGCUCCGUCAGGAAGAGUACUAUGAAGUAUUAGAACAAACAACUGACCUAAUCCAACAUCAUCCAGGUCUGACAAAGGCAUAUUUUAUUCGAGGAAAAGCAAAUGCAGAAGUGUGGAAUGAGGCGGAAGCUAAGAAAGAUUUUGAAAAAGUCCUGGAAAUGGACCCAGCUAUGAGUAAAAUAGUAAAGAAGGAAAUUCGAAUUCUGGAGUGUAGAAUGCAAGAAAAGGAAGAAGAGGAAAAACUGAAAUAUAAGAACCUUUUCUCUUAGCUGGUCAGAAACAACUAUAAAAGAAAAUUGUGAUCAUUCAAAUUGCUCGGUCGGCAUUGGUUUACUAGCCACCACAAUAUGUAACAAAACACAAAACUGAGUCAAACGUUGAAAGGUGAUAAGUUACAAACUUGUAUUAUGUGGUCAAGUGCAAAGUAGGUGGGUGUAGCCCGAUUGCAUAUGGAAUGGAAUUGUUCAACAGAAUGUAUAUAAUUUAUUUGCAAGUAGUUUGCUCUCUGUUUACAUUCUUUUGAGAGAGUUCACAUGUGUUUCCUGAACUGAUAGUAGCAGUAAUUAGCAUUUAGUGGGUGCUCUGUUUAAAUAAACCAAUUCCAACAUUUAAUUAGAGAUUGCAGUAGGGAACACCUAAAAAAACAAUAAAACCAAAAAAACAUGAAAAUCUAUUUUUAAUUACAUUUAUUGAAUGUCAACAGCACUGUGAUUUUUAAUAUACUAUAAAGGCACCCAAGGGUCGCUCACCUAAAGCUGCCACCCUUGCAAAGUCUGCUUGGGUGCCUUCAUGGUGAAUACAGCCUGGCCUUUAUGUAUAGUGGGUUAUUUCUAUUCCUUGUCAUAUAUGGAAUAUGGGGUUCAUUUGGUGUGUGAUAAGACUAGACUAGACCUUGUAAAUUCUUUCUAAGAAUAAGUAGUUUUAAACAUAUCAUUUAAGGGGUUCUGUAUAGUUUGACACAGCUGCCAAAAAGAACAGCAAUAAAAAACACCUUUAUCACCGAUAAGAGCGCCAUUGGUAUUUUUAAAAAGCAGUGAUUUUCUUUUCCUGUUUAGGGGCAGAUUUAUCAAAGUGUGAAAUUAGAGCUCAUCACAGUAAAAUUCUACUGCUAUCCUAUGAGAUUUUUAGAGGUGUGUUUAACAAUGAACAAAAGAGUCUAAAAAUCCUAUAGGAAUUAAUACAGAGCAGUGGAAGAAUGGAAAUCUAAUGUUACAAUUUGAUAAAUCUGCCCCAAAGUCUUUGCAAUGAGAAUUACAGUCAUCACUGUAUUGCUCUAGGUUUCCAUUCUCAUAUGAGUGAAACCCACCUUCAGUGUGUAUCGGUAUGUGUUUGUCUUUUCAAGUCUUCAUUUGUGUUUAAUGAAUAUUGUAGAGCACAAUAAAAAUGCUUGGUUCGGCAAUAUUUCUUUUCCAGGCAGAACCAGAAAUAGAAUGUUUGGAGCACAAAAAAAACUGAAUGUUUGGGCAUACUUCAUAGAUACUUUUAAGGGCAUGGCUAGUACUCCUAAGCUCACUAAAAUUGCAGCUCCUAGCUUCUUUAUCAAAGUUGUAGUUUGGCAUCUGACUCUCUAAAAAUGCUAUCCUUUCUGUAUUUUAUUAACAGUAAGUAGAAAACAAACACUUUGUAUAAAGAGAACAAUUUUGCCCCUUAAAAUAUUUUUAUGAUUGUUGUUCAGUUAUGGGGAUUGCUGAUGAAAUUGUGGUUGCCAAUACAGAACUGACCAUGUAGAGUAUAGAUUUUAAUGAAUAUCAAUACUCCUACUAGCUUGUUAUUCCUUUUAUGCCAAGGUACUUAUAUAGCGCUAAAUCUCUUGAGUCAAAUUAAAUAUUCCUGCACAAAUGCACUUGCCCUCAGAGAUUACCUUUCCCAUUUAUAUGGUUAUAAUCAUAUAGAGCUUCCAUUAUUUGAAAUGUUGCAGAGUUUCUUUUCUUUGUGUUUAUUGCUAUAAUUAUCCAUUAAUACUUUAUUAGUAUUGGCUUUGUGCACAUGUAUGAAAUUAUAUAAAGAACGUGCAAAAAUCCAUGUAUACAAUUGUG